GAGCCUGACCACCCGCCGGGGCAGGGCGAGACGAAGUGACGUCGGGGCGCGUCGGAGUGACGUCGGGGCGCGUCAUCGCGCGUGCGGACGCAAGGAUGUCCUGCUCAGUCGUCAGGGCCCGGCCAAUCCGGAGGGCGCUCCGCGCGUCGUGGGGGCCAGGAUCGCGUCUGGCCUGCAGUGCGCAGAGGACGCGGCGGGAGCAUGUACCGGCUCCUGAGCCGGAGCCUGGGCCAAGGCCUCCUGCGGGCCGCGGGGCGGCGGUGCCGGGGCUGCUCCGCGCGCCUGCUCCCGGGGCUGGCAGGAGGUCCGGGGCCCGAGGUGCAGGUGCCGCCAUCCCGAGUCGCGCCGCACGGCCAGGGCCCAGGCCUGCUGCCGCUGCUGGCAGCGCUCGCCUGGUUCUCGAGGCCCGCUGCGGCAGAGGAGGAGGAGCAGCAGGGAGCCGACGGGGCCGCUGCCGAGGACGGGGCGGACGAGGCCGAGGCAGAGAUCAUCCAGCUGCUGAAGCGAGCCAAGUUGAGCAUUAUGAAAGAUGAGCCAGAAGAGGCUGAGUUAAUUUUGCAUGACGCUCUUCGUCUCGCCUAUCAGACUGAUAACAAGAAGGCCAUCACUUACACUUAUGAUUUGAUGGCCAACUUAGCAUUUAUACGGGGUCAGCUUGAAAAUGCUGAACAACUUUUUAAAGCAACAAUGAGUUACCUCCUUGGAGGGGGCAUGAAGCAGGAGGACAAUGCAAUAAUUGAAAUUUCCCUAAAGCUGGCCAGUAUCUAUGCUGCGCAGAAUAGACAGGAAUUUGCUGUUGCUGGCUAUGAAUUCUGCAUUUCAACCCUAGAGGAAAAAAUUGAAAGAGAAAAGGAAUUAGCAGAAGACAUUAUGUCAGUGGAAGAGAAAGCCAAUACCCACCUCCUCUUGGGCAUGUGCUUAGACGCCUGUGCUCGCUACCUUCUGUUCUCCAAGCAGCCAUCACAGGCACAAAGGAUGUAUGAAAAAGCUCUGCAGAUUUCUGAAGAAAUACAAGGAGAAAGACACCCACAGACCAUUGUGCUGAUGAGUGACCUGGCUACUACCCUGGAUGCACAGGGCCGCUUUGAUGAGGCCUAUAUUUAUAUGCAAAGGGCAUCAGAUCUGGCAAGACAGAUAAAUCAUCCUGAGCUACACAUGGUACUCAGUAAUCUAGCUGCAGUUUUGAUGCACAGAGAACGAUAUACACAAGCAAAAGAGAUCUACCAGGAAGCACUGAAGCAAGCAAAGCUGAAAAAAGAUGAAAUUUCUGUACAACACAUCAGGGAAGAGUUGGCUGAGCUGUCAAAGAAAAGUAGACCUUUGACUUAAAUUCUGUCAAGCUCUAAAUCCAUUUUUGUGUAGGGAGAAUAAUGUCUAGUAAUGCGGAAGAAUAGCUAUCAUUCCUGCCUCUGUGGCACCCAGAUCAAUGGCUUAAAUCUGUCGUUUUUGAUAUUCAGGUUUCCUCAGUUUAGCCUUAGUGAAGGAGGGGUUGUAUACACUGCCAUUUUUGUAUUUUAAAGGAAAAAUGACUUUCAUUCCCAACUGAUUAUGACCUUUCAGGAUGCUGUCAAGUGAUGUUUUCAGUUGUAACACGUGACUUGGUGCUGUCCCUGCUGGUCUAAGUAGAACUAUAGAUUAAUAUGGGCUGGCGUUCCUGUGCGCUGUGGGUGUGGUGAUUGAGCCUGGCAUUUCUACCUAAGUUUUUGGUCUACUGAUUUGCUGCCCUCUCUUCUCUUUAUCAAUAUCUGGCAAACUGACCAGAAUUACCUUCCUCAUGGCAAAGGGGGAUUAUGGUGAAUUGUUGUUUUUAUAGUCUGUUUCAUGAAGCACAAUGUGGAAUUUAAUACAUAAAAGAGAAAAAUAUCUUAGUUUGUUACCAGCAUCCAGCAUGAAGUUUUAAAGUGGGGAUUAGGCACGUGACAGUAUAGCACCCAUUUGAAUUUAAAUAAAAGUGAACCAUAUUUAUCUGGUUAUAUAAAACUAAAAACUAAGAAUGAUGUAACCUUUUGUCUGUGUUAUCUGAACACUCUACUUCCUUUGCAGCCUGAGUCACACAACUGAGUCAUCUCAAGUACUCUUUAAGGACACACAGCCCAGGCUGUUCUGAGUCAGAAUAGGCCCCUGCAGGUAUAUUUUAAAACUCUUCGUAAUUCUAAUGUGUACUGCUGGUAUAGUUGAACUACUGACCUGGAUCUUAGUCCUAGCCUUUUUGCUUUUGCAAUUUCAGUAUCUUCAUCUCUAAACUAGGGAAACACUGGGAUUCUUUCUUAGCUGUGGGGGAAGGUAUUUGGUUAGAUGACUUUGAAUGAAUAGACUGCUGUGCUGAAAGAGCUUUAUCACACUGCCUCAAAGUAUGUAAAGAUACAUAAGUGGAUGCUCUUACCGCAGCAGUCGUAUGAAUACAUUUUUAGCCAUUUACCUAAGGAAAAAGACAGUUUUUCUAGGUGCCAUGAAGGAAGAUUGACCCUGUUGGUAUGCCUGUGGGGGUGGGAUGUGAGUGGGACUGAUAAACUGAUAUUUUUGGUUCGUAUGUACAUACUGGAAGAAUCUUUUCAUAAUAAAUGAGACUAUACAACAAUA